AUGGAACCUUCAACGCGAAAAGGUAUCAGUAUCGCUAUCGAUAGAGGCGGCACCUUCACCGAUUGUGUAGGAAACCCGGGAACUGGUCGUCUGGAGGAUGAUAUUGUAAUCAAACUUCUGUCUGAAGAUCCUAGCAACUAUCAAGAUGCACCUCUGGAAGGUAUCCGGCGGAUCCUCUCCAAGUUUUCGGGCCAUGACAUACCCCGGCUGGAGCCUAUCGACACUUCGUUGAUACAGAGUAUUCGAAUGGGUACAACCGUCGCCACGAAUGCUUUACUUGAGCGUAAAGGAGAAAGAAUCGCCUUGAUCGUCACUAAAGGGUUCCGAGAUUGCCUUCAGAUUGGGAAUCAAUCUCGUCCCCGCAUUUUUGAUCUUUCUAUACAACGUCCUGAAGUACUCUACGAAGAGGUCGUGGAAGUUGACGAGCGUGUCACUCUUGAAGACUAUGCAGAAGAUCCAUUGCGUAAUAUCACGGCUACACCACCGCUUGAUAUCACUGCGCAUGAUGCUGAGGUUGCUCGCGGCUUAUCUUCUGAGGCAGUUAGGAUUCUGAAACGACCAUCCGAGGCUGCGGUAAAAUCACAACUACAGGGCUUGUUUGAUAGAGGUUUUCGUAGCAUUGCUGUAUGUCUCAUGCAUGGCUAUACAUACCCCGCUCACGAGGCUCUAGUAGGACGUCUCGCCACUGCAAUUGGCUUUCAUCAUGUCAGCCUAAGUCAUCAGCUUAUGCCCAUGAUAAAGUUAGUUCCACGGGCGACUUCAGCUUGCGCAGAUGCGUAUUUGACCCCUACGAUCAGGAAUUAUAUUUCAGGGUUUCAGGCUGGAUUCAAAGGGAGUAUUGGGAAUGAAAGUGUCAAGGGGCAGAGUGACGACCGAGGUGCCCGUUGCGAAUUCAUGCAAUCCGAUGGCGGAUUGGUCGAUGUAGACCGGUUCUCUGGAUUGCGAGCGAUUCUAUCGGGUCCUGCAGGUGGAGUUGUGGGUUAUGCGUUGACAUCCUACGAUCCUGUCACCAAAAUCCCUGUUAUUGGGUUCGAUAUGGGAGGAACCAGUACAGAUGUCAGCCGAUACGGAGCGGGUCGAUAUGAACAUGUGUUUGAAACAACUACAGCUGGAGUGACCAUCCAGUCACCUCAGCUUGAUAUUAAUACAGUGGCAGCUGGUGGUGGUUCUCAGCUAUUUUAUCGCAAUGGCCUCUUCGUUGUAGGUCCGGAAUCUGCAGGGGCACAUCCUGGUCCAGCAUGCUAUCGCAAGAAUGGCCCCUUAACGGUGACGGAUGCCAAUCUAUUUCUCGGUAGACUGGUCCCCGAAUUUUUCCCUAAGAUUUUUGGUCCAAAUGAAAACGAGGGAUUAGAUGAACGAAAAACUCAAAGUCUGUUCGAGCAGCUUACACAAAAAGUCAAUGAAGACGCGGCAAAUACUGGACAGAACAGAAGAAUGACCGCAGAAGAGGUCGCGUUUGGAUUCAUUAAGGUUGCCAACGAAACGAUGACUCGGCCUAUCCGAUCUUUGACAGAAGCUAAAGGCCAUGAUACUUCUAAGCAUAGACUGGCCACCUUUGGGGGUGCCGGUGGUCAACACGCCGUUGCAAUUGGAGAGAGUCUUGGGAUCAGACAGAUCCUGAUACAUCGCUACUCCUCUGUUCUUUCUGCCUACGGGAUGGCUCUGGCAGAUGUCGUUGAGGAAAACCAAGAGCCGGAGUCCCAAACGUGGAGCGAUGAUCCAAUACUCCGGCAAGAACUUGCAGAGAAGAUGGCACAGUUAAAGGCGAAGUCAACUCAAAGGCUGCGAGGGCAAGGCUUUGAUGAAUACUCGAUUGUGUUUGAAGAAUAUCUCAAUAUGCGAUACCAUGGCACAGAAUCGGCUCUGAUGAUCCUGAAACCCAGCAAAGAGGAGUCUGAUCUGCUUUUUGAAAGAGAUGAAUGGGCCUUUGGGAAGGCCUUUGUCCAACAACAUGAACAAGAAUUCGGGUUUACCUUGCCAGAUAGAGAUAUCAUUGUAGACGAUGUACGCAUUAGGGGUAUUGGGAAGAGGUUCAAGAUGUCUGAGAAGACUGUGGAUCAGCAGCUAUCAGAAGCCAAGCCUCGCAACGUGAAACACCAGGAGUAUCGAAAGUCACUUGUUUAUUUUGAAGGUGGACGGCUAGAGACUCCUAUUUAUAGACUGGACGAUUUACAGAUCAAUGACCAAAUCAACGGGCCGGGGAUUAUUGUCGACGAUACACAGACCAUUGUUCUGACCCCUGGAAGCUCAGCGCUUCUUACCAAGACCCAUGUUGUCAUCAACAUCGGCAAAUCAGAUCCCAAUGUCGACCCUCCUGAAAUCAGUACCGAUACCGUGGAUCCUAUCUUGCUAAGUGUUUUCUCUCAUCGGUUUAUGGCUAUUGCGGAGCAGAUGGGGCGAGCUUUACAAAAAACGAGUGUCAGUACUAAUGUCAAGGAGCGGCUUGACUACUCUUGCGCGUUGUUUGAUGCAGAAGGUGGUCUAGUUGCGAAUGCACCGCAUCUUCCUGUGCAUUUAGGAAGCAUGUCAACCUGUGUUCGCAUUCAAGCUCAAAUAUGGCAGGGUAAACUAAAGCCGGGGGAUGUAAUUGUAUCAAACCAUCCAGAGUUUGGUGGCACUCAUCUUCCGGAUAUCACGGUCAUUCAGCCCGCUUUUAGCGACGGCAAAAUCCUCUUUUACGUUGCCUCUAGGGCCCAUCAUGCCGAUAUAGGUGGAAUUCUACCUGGGUCGAUGCCACCUCACUCCAAAGAGCUCUAUCAAGAAGGGGCAGCAAUAAAGAGUGAGAAGCUAGUAUCCGAGGGCGUGUUUAACGACGAGUGCAUCACGGAGCUGCUGUACCACGAACCAGCACGGUAUCCUGACUGCAGUGGAACUCGGUGCCUAGCAGACAAUCUCAACGAUCUCAAGGCCCAGAUCGCAUCCAACAAAAAGGGAAUUGGUCUGAUCAAGACUCUCAUUGAAGAAUAUGGAGAAGAUGUGGUCUCGUUUUAUAUGCGCCAAAUUCAAGAAAAUGCCGAGCUUAGUGUACGCAGUUUGCUCAAAGAAGUCAGCGACAAAUUUACUGGGAAGAACCUGAAAGCUAUUGAUUAUAUGGAUGAUGGAACCCCCAUUCAAUUAGAGAUUUCGAUUGACCGAGAGAACGGCGAGGCAAUUUUUGACUUCAAUGGAACAGGGCCCGAAGUUUAUGCCAAUAUCAAUGCCCCAGAAGCCGUUACAUUUUCGGCAAUCAUAUAUUGCCUCCGGUGUCUCAUUUCUGCUGAUAUCCCCUUAAACCAGGGUUGUCUAAAGCCAAUUGACGUCCGUAUACCUCCACAAAGCCUGCUGUCUCCAUCGGGAUCUGCUGCAGUUGUAGGAGGCAAUGUUCUUACGAGUCAACGAGUUACCGAUGUGAUCCUGAAAUGCUUCCAAGUGUGCGCCGCAUCCCAGGGGGACACUAAUAACUUGACAUUUGGGAUGGGUGGUAAUAGAGCCGGUAAAGUGGAAAAGAAAGGAUUUGGCUACUAUGAAACCAUCGCUGGCGGAAGUGGUGCAGGGCCGACCUGGGAGGGCACAUCGGGAGUGCAUACUCACAUGACCAACACGCGUAUCACUGAUGCUGAAGUUUUCGAGCGGCGAUACCCUGUCAUACUGAGGGAGUUUAGCCUACGUACGAACUCGGGUGGUGCCGGGCAACACCGUGGAGGAGAUGGAGUUAUUCGAGAUAUUGAGUUUCGAAUUCCAGUACAGGUGUCUAUACUUUCUGAACGCAGAGUCUAUCAUCCCUAUGGAUUGGAGGGGGGCGAAGAUGCCAAAUGCGGCCAGAAUCUUUGGGUGCGUCGUGUACAUGGGUCGAACGCCAAUUGGGAAGAACGCAUUUUAAACCUGGGCGGGAAGAAUUCCGUUCAAAUGCAGCCUGGGGAACGUAUCAUCAUCAAAACCCCCGGAGGCGGAGGAUGGGGUCGAGCUGGGGACCAACAUCAACUUCUUCGUGAACGAGAUGCUCGACAUACAUGGCGCGGAGGCUCCAUUGCCACUCGAGAAGCAACGCAAGAAGCAAGCAUGUGA